UCCGUUUUCUCUUUUGUUGCCUUCCUAAUUAAAAUUAAAUAGUAAAAAUUAAUUUUGAUUCUUUUUCGUACUAUCAAUACUUGCCUUUUCUAUAUGGUAUCUAACAUUACUAAAUCUAAUUUCAACAAAAACGAGUUAAAUUUGAUGUGAAAAGGAAAACCCCAAAAAAAUGAUCUUUGCUUAUUAAACAACCAGAGGCUACAUAAAUAAGGAAGGGCCGAUUCCUGUUUUUAUUUGCUAUUCUCAGCUUUGCUUCAUCUCUGUUACACCCAUGGCCUCUUCUUCAAUCCAACAAGGUGGAGAAAUGGAUCUAGAGGAAGGACUAGGUACUCCACAGCCAAGUUGGAAUCCAGUCAUUGAAGCGUCAAAAAUGCCAUCCCCAUCGUUGACUUCAACAGCUCCGACCCUGAUCCUACCGAGUUCCGCAAAGUGUAUUGAUAGGAUGGCGAGCAGCCUCUCCAGUUCAAGUAUCAACUCGGCAACACCAUCACCGUCCUCAACAGUAAAGGCCCCAGCUUUGGUCCUAUCGAAUUCCAGCAAGCGGAUUGACAGGAUGUCUAGUAGCCUCUCCAGUUCCAGUUCCGGCACUGCCGAACCCUCGGUAACACCAUCACCAUCAUCUACAGCAACAGCCCCAGCUCUGGUGCUAUCGAAUUCUGGCAAGCGCAUUGAUCAGGCUGGCAAAAGGAAAUAUGUGAAGCAGGUAACAGGUCGCCAUAAUGACACUGAGCUGCACUUGGCAGCACAGCGUGGUGACCUGGCAUCUGUAAAGCAGAUUCUUGCAGAUAUUGAUUUGCAGAUGAUGAGGACUGCAAGUGGGGAAGAUCUCGACAUGGAGGUCUCCGAGAUUCAAGCAAGUGUGGUGAAUGAAAUAAAUGAAUUGGGUGAGACAGCCUUGUUUACUGCUGCCGAUAAAGGAUAUCUUGAUGUUGUCAAGGAGUUGUUAAAAUACUCUAAUAAAGAGACUGUGACUAAGAAGAAUAAAACUGGGUUUGAUCCCUUGCAUAUUGCUGCGAGUCAAGGGCACCAUGCUAUUGUCCAAGUGCUGCUAGAUCAUGACCCUAGUCUGUGCCAGACUUUUGGGCCAUCGAAUGCGAACCCCCUUGUCUCUGCAGCUACCAAAGGGCAUACGGCGGUAGUCAAUGAGCUGUUAUUGAGGGAUGGUGGCUUGCUAGAGAGUACAAGAUCAAAUGGGAAAAACGCAUUACAUCUAGCUGCUCGACAAGGGCAUGUUGAUGUCGUAAAAACUUUGCUAUGCAAAUAUCCUCAAUUGGCAAGAAGAACCGACAAGAAAGGACAGACUGCAUUGCACAUGGCUGUUAAAGGACAGAGCUGUGAGGUUGUGAAGUUGCUUCUCGAGGCAGAAGCUGCUAUUGUGAUGCUUCCGGACAAGUUUGGGAACACAGCAUUGCAUGUAGCCACUCGGAAAAAGAGAGCUGAGAUAGUAAGUGAGUUGUUGCGCCUACCCGAUACAAAUGUCAAUGCACCCAACCGAGACCAUAAAACAGCCCUGGACAUAGCUGAGGGGCUUCCCCUCUCUGCAGAAUCCUCGGAUAUAAAGAGCUGCCUUUGUCGUUGUGGUGCUCUCCGAGCUAACGAACUGAAUCAACCGAGAGAUGAGUUGAGGCUGACGGUGACACAAAUUAAGAAAGAUGUCCACACACAGCUCGAACAAACCAGAAAAACCAACAAAAAUGUUCAUAAUAUCUCGAAGGAACUCAGAAAACUCCACCGGGAAGGAAUUAACAAUGCCACGAAUUCAGUGACUGUAGUGGCUGUUCUAUUCGCAACAGUUGCUUUCGCUGCUAUAUUUACUGUGCCAGGAGGGGAUCAAGAUAGUGGAGUCGCUGUGGUGGCAAGCUCUUGUUCUUUCAAGAUUUUCUUCAUCUUCAAUGCUAUUGCUCUCUUCACGUCUUUGGCGGUUGUGGUGGUACAAAUUACGUUGGUUAGAGGUGAAACAAAAGCGGAGAAACAGGUCGUGGAAGUGAUUAACAAGUUGAUGUGGUUGGCUUCGGUCUGUACUUCGGUUGCUUUUAUGGCCUCCUCGUAUAUAGUGGUUGGGCGGAAACACGAGUGGGCUGCGAUUUUGGUUAGCGUGGUAGGGGGUAUGGUAAUGGGUGGGGUUAUCGGCACCAUGACUUACUAUGUAGUGAAAUCAAAGAGGAGUAGAAGGAAGAGGGUAAAGAAUUCGAGGAGGAGUGGAUCCAACUCUUGGCAUCGUUCGGACGCGAGUAAUUCCGAAGUUGAAGUUGAUCGGAUUUAUGCUCUCUGAUUUCGAAAACGGGAAGGGAGUCCAAUUACAUAGAAGAUGGGAUUUAAAUGAGGAAGGCUUCAUUUGGAAUGCCGGUGGUGGUUGUUCAUAAGCCGAUACGAAUUCAGAUGUGGUGGGCCAGUCAGCAUUGUGGAGGAUUUUUAACUGCGCCUUGAAAAUGUAGGGUUAAACUGUUUUUUGGCACAAAAGGAACAAUGAUUCCUGAAAUUAAACAAACAUUUUGUGCCCAGUGGGUGUGAGUAAAUAUUAAAGAGAGGUAAAAUGGGAUUGUUUUAUAAGUAGACAGCCGGGAGGUUUGCCUAGAAUCAGCCACCCUUGAAAGAGUGCAUAAUAGCUAUUUAUCAAAGUUGUGGGAUGUAAAAAUGCAUGAGUAGGGGAGCAUUCUGCCUUAGGGGAAGCAUCUACAUGAGCGGGAGCGAACAAAGCGGAAGCAAGAAUGUCGGCUUGAGUAAUAAAUGCUGCAACAACCACCCCCAACUCCAACUUUUGGGUGCUCAAAAUUUUCAUAUAUUUAAAGAUAUUUUUCUAAUAAAAAAUUCCUUUUCAUAACAAAA